CCCCCCAGGCAGGGACACUGACAUUCAGAAGGCAGCCCCACCCAGAAUCGGGCAUGGGGGGGCUCCACUGCCCCUGGGAGAUGCUGGGGGGCUGAGAGAGGCUCUUGGGGGCACCCCACGAGCUCCCGGCUCCGGGCCAGUCCAGGCCCCGGGCUCAGGCGGCCCAGCCCCCCUUCCUGCUGACCCAGCAGCAGCAGCAGCUUGGAUUCCAGAGAAAUGUCCCUGAUGCCUCCACUCUGUGGGGCUAUAAAGGCAGCCGGGUGCCCCAGCUCCACACUGCGCUCAACCCCCAGAGGCCGUGCCCGCCUGCCCACCGCCGCCGCCGCCACCGCCGCCAUGGACAUGACCAUCCAGCACCCCUGGUUCAAGCGCGCCCUGGGACCCUUCUACCCCAGCCGGCUGCUGGACCAGUUCUUCGGGGAGGGGCUGUUUGAAUACGACCUGCUGCCCUUCCUGUCAUCCACCAUCAGCCCCUACUACCGCCAGUCGCUCUUCCGCACCGUCCUGGACUCCGGCAUCUCGGAGGUGCGGUCUGACCGGGACAAGUUUGUCAUCUUCCUGGACGUGAAGCACUUCUCCCCCGAGGACCUCACGGUCAAGGUGCUGGAAGACUUCGUGGAGAUUCACGGCAAGCACAGUGAGAGGCAGGACGACCACGGCUACAUCUCACGGGAGUUCCACCGCCGCUACCGCCUGCCGCCCAGCGUGGACCAGGCGGCACUGUCCUGCUCGCUGUCCGCCGACGGCAUGUUGACCUUCUCGGGGCCCAAGGUGGCCUCGGGCUUGGACGCGGGGCCCAGCGAGCGGGCCAUCCCCGUAUCCCGCGAGGAGAAGCCCAGCUCGGCGCCCUCCUCCUAGGCCGCCCGCCCUCUGCCUGGCUGCCCGUCCCCCUCCUCCUCAUCUCCCUCCUCCUCCCCCUCCACCCAGGGGAGCCUGCCCGGGGGUGACCUAGAGGCCCCUGCUGGGGCCAGGGGUGCGGGCGUGACAGGGCAUCUCUCUCUCCACCUUGGGGACGCCCCUGCACUGCUCCCCAGAGCCGGGGGAGGGCCCCACCUGGACCCUGGGCCUGGGGGCCGCUCCCCUCUGGCCCUCCUCCCCACACCCCCUAUCUUCCCCUUCCGGGGGCCUCGUGCCCCAAGAGCACAGCCGGUGGCAGCUAAUAAAGCCAGGGA